ACUACAGAGGAAACAAUGAGCUCAACACAGAAGGACCAACAUGGAGCGAGAAGUCAGUGCUCUCAGGAGGCCGACAAACCUCACAGAAGAAAGAGGGAGAAAAAAUACACCUGUGACGAGUGUGGGAUGGAUUUUAUUGGGAAGCCUUCACUAAAACAGCAUCAGGUCAUCCACACUGGAGAGAGACCAUUCAGCUGUGACUUGUGUGAAAAGUCGUUUUCCUGGAAGAAUGCUUUAAGAAGACACCAACUCAUCCACAGUGGAGUUAAAGUGUACAGCUGUGAUCAGUGUGGCAGAGUUUUUACUCACAGUAGCAGCUUACAGAAUCAUCUAGUUACCCACUCUGGAAUUAAGGCAUACAGCUGUGACAUUUGUGGAAAAACCUUCAGUCGGAUAGGGUACCGAAAUAUACACCUACGCAUUCACACCGGACAUGAUGUGUACUGCUGUGAACAGUGUGGCAAACAUUUUACAACAGACGCACAGUUACAACAACACAUGUUUACCCACACUGAGGAGAGACCUUAUAAAUGUGACCUGUGUGAGAAGACUUUUAAAGCUCCACGUCACCUGAGACGACACCAACAGAUCCACACCAGAAAGAGACUCUACAAGUGCAGUUACUGUGAGAAGCAGAGUGACACAGCUGGAUCCAGUUCUCAACCCUGUCAUCACCGUGGUGGUGGGAAAGUGACCUUUGUGGAAAAACUUUCAGUUGGCACGAAACCCUGAAAAUACAUCAACAUAAACACACUGGAGACAAACUGAAAUACUGCAAAGAAUGUGGGAGAAGCUUCACCACAUCAAGUGGAUUAAAACGACAUGAACUCAUUCACAGUGGGGUUAAAAAGUACGUCUGAUCAGUGUGGGUCAUCUUUCAUUACUGCAAGUGGGCUUAAAACACACAAACAAGUCCACACAGGAGAGAAACCAUACAAGUGUCUGUGAAGGUUCUC